UAAUCACAAUGACUAUCAGUUUGUAUUUCAUGUAAAUAAAAUGAUACAUCUUUAGUGUAACUAACUAAGUAAUUAUUAUCAUGUUUUCUAUUCAUUUCAGUUCAAAAUGGGGCGCCGACCAGCUCGGUGUUACCGGUAUUGUAAGAACAAACCAUACCCAAAGUCCAGAUUUUGUCGUGGUGUCCCAGAUCCCAAGAUCCGUAUCUUUGAUCUUGGAAGGAAGAAGGCCAGGGUUGACGACUUUCCUCUGUGUGUACAUCUCGUAUCAGAUGAAUAUGAACAGCUCUCUUCUGAGGCCUUAGAGGCAGGGCGCAUCUGUGCCAACAAAUACUUGGUCAAGAACUGUGGUAAAGACGCUUUCCACAUGCGGAUACGGGUGCACCCCUUCCACGUCAUCAGAAUCAACAAGAUGUUGUCAUGUGCCGGAGCCGAUAGGCUUCAGACAGGGAUGAGAGGAGCUUUUGGUAAACCCCAGGGAACUGUAGCCCGCGUACACAUUGGACAGCCAAUCAUGUCUGUACGUGCCCGUGAAACUCACCAGGCCGCUGUUGUCGAAGCUCUCAGGAGAGCCAAAUUCAAGUUCCCAGGACGACAGAAGAUUCACGUCUCCAAGAAGUGGGGCUUCACUAAGUGGGACAGGCCUCAGUACGAAGUGAUGAGGGCUGAUGGACGACUAAUUCCAGACGGCGUCAAUGUACAGUAUAAACCUAACAAGGGGCCUCUCAAAGCCUGGAUGGACAGACAGAGAGUCUAACCUAUUUUAUUGUGAUCUGGACAGAAAAAAUAAACAUGUGGGCCUUCA